CGCAAACUCAAACGUUCCUUUCUGUUUGUUUCCUUCCAGACUUAGUUUCUCGUUACACUAUAAAACAUUCAAUAAUUUUAGACAUCUGCCUCUCGCCUCAUCAUGUACUGUUGUAUGUUAAGGUCUUUUCAUAUAAAAGGGAAUAAUCUCAUUCAGCUCACUAGAGCAUCAUUCUCUCAAAAUCCACAGUCAUGGGACACAUCAUCCAAGCUUUUCAGCUGCACUGCAUACCACUGCACACAUUCACCUGUUUCAGGCAGUCUGUGGCAACCCUUGACACAUAGGACAAACCAGCCAGCAGCUCCGUCCCGCUGUAUGAGCUCCACUGUGCGCAGGAGACGCCUGCCAAGUGCCUUUCCAGUUAUAGAUGGAGAAUUUCAUCCAGUUCACAGACAUGUGUAUGAAGCCAAUCUCAGGAACAGCCUAAUCUGUCAGCAAAAAUACCUUGAGCACAAGGAAAAAGUAAUGAAGGGUGGUGGUGAAAAUGCCAUAGCGCGGCAUACGCUGAGGAAUCGAAAGGUCCUCGUACGAGACAGACUCCGCAUGCUGCUGGAUGAUGAAGAUUAUUUAGAACUUUCUCCUUUUGCUGGACUUGGCCUGCCCUAUGGAGACAUCCCAUCAGCUGGCUGUCUCACAGGAAUCGGUAAAAUUAAUGGACUUUGGUGCAUGUUCAUUGCUAAUGACGCCACGGUGAAAGGAGGUACAGCGUAUCCCAUCACAGUUAAAAAGCAUCUCAGGGCGCAGGUUGUGGCCAUGCAGAAUCGUUUGCCCUCUGUUUACUUGGUGGACAGUGGUGGCGCAUUUCUGCCUCUUCAGUCAGAGAUCUUUGCUGAUAGCAACCAUGGAGGUCGCACCUUUUUCAAUGAAGCAGUUAUGUCAGCAAUGAAGAUUCCUCAGGUGGCAGUAGUGUGUGGCUCAUGCACAGCUGGAGGUGCUUAUGUCCCCACUAUGUCUGAGGAGGCGGUGAUUGUCCACAGGAUAGGAACAAUAUUUUUGGGGGGUCCACCGCUGGUGAAAGCUGCAACUGGAGAGGAGGUUUCCCCAGAGGACCUGGGAGGAGCCAGGCUGCACUCAGAAGUGAGUGGCUGUGUGGACCAUUUUGCUGCAGCAGAGAAUGAGGCAUAUGAGUAUACCAGAAACAUCAUCUCCACCCUAAAUUAUGAGCUCCCAGAGGAGGACAGCGAUCAGGUUGAGGAGCCCCUGUACAACGUGGACGAUCUCAUGGGCCUUGCACCCCGUUGCUACAAUCACAGCAUGGAUGUCAGACUGGUUGUGAGUCGACUGACUGAUGGUAGUCGGUUUCAGGAGUUCAAGGCCCGUUACGGCACCCCCCUCCUCACUGGGUUUGCCAGAAUUGAAGGUUAUCAGGUUGGAAUCGUGGCAAAUAACGGAGAGCUGACAUAUGAAGCUUCCCUGAAAGGCAGUCAUUUUGUUCAGCUGUGUGACCAGAGGGACAUUCCUCUCAUCUUCCUGCAAAACACGGCACCAGAACCUGCACACACAUUCUCUCAAACCAAGGCGGAGUCCAACACUAACAGACUGAAGGCUCAGGGUUCCAUGAUGUCUGCUGUGGCUUGUGCUUCUGUUCCUAAAAUGACUGUGGUUAUUGGAGGAUGUCAUGGAGGUGAUAGCUAUGCUAUGUGUGGAAGGGCUUUUGACCCUAAUUUCCUGUUCCUGUGGCCCAAUGCGAGAGUGUCGAUUUUGGCCCCAGGCCACUCGGAUGCAUUUGUGCAGAAUGAAGAGGAAAUCACACAGAUUAAUGAGAUGUUGGAGGAAGAGAGUUCAGCAUUCUUUUCCACCGGCAGACUGUGGGAUGAUGGUGUUAUUCUACCUCAAGAUACCAGAAAGGUUUUGAGCAAGUGUCUGAAAAUCAUUAAGCAACAAGAGUAUCAAUUGUCCAGAGAGAAAAUGAGGACUCCUUUUCUUCGACUAUAACACUACCUCUGCAGAAACCUCAGUGAACUUUAUAAACUUGUAUACGUUGUUUUAUUAAAGUAAUAAACUAACAGUGUUAGUGUUAAGCACAUAUCUUUAUUUUAAUGACAGUUUGUAAUCUGUAAUCUGUAAACCUGUAAUCAGCAGUGGUGCCUUUAUUAUUGUGAUUUUCUGACUGAUGUAAAAUAAACCUGUUUGUACAUAUGGGAUUUUACUUCUGAUUAAAACAUUGUUUAUAAAUGCUGAAGUAGAAUAAAAAAAAACUAAAAAAGUCGUCUAUCUUACUGUACACGUUUAUCAUAAAGCUGUUGCAUUACAAGCAUAUCAGGUCAUAUAACUGGCCCAUUUAAAAUAGCAACAAUCACACUGUUUACAU